AUGUUCGCUCGUGUCUACUCUGUCCUCGCCUUCGUCCUCUUCUUCGCUGGCCUGGCCGCCGCUACAACCACUACGGUUACCGUCACCACUUUUGCCCCCGGUGCUACUCCCACCACCCCCGCCAGCCAGUGCAACACUGACUCUCUCUUCUGUUGCAACUUCGCAUCCCAGGCUAACGCUCUCGGCGGUGUUAUCUCAUUCCUUCUGAGCUUCGCUCAAAUCGCCGUUUCUCCUGUUACCGCCCUCGUUGGUGCUGACUGCACGUCUCUUCUUGUUGGAAAUAGCUGCAGUGCUAGUGCCCAACCCGUCUGCUGCCAGAACAACAACUUCGCUGGAGCCCUCGUAAUUGGCUGCACUCCCGUCAACGUCAACCUCUAA